GACAUUUCUUAAAAACAACUUUUAUUAUUCGAAAACAAAUGAAUUGCUAUAAAUAUGCCCGUGGAUUUUCCGAAGAAUACCAUUUUAUUUCUAUUUGCACAUUGACAGUAAUUGAAAAGCUAAAAAUGCUUACGAGGAAAUUUUCUACACCAGUUUCCAGAGCUGUGCUGCUUUUCUCCACACUACUUUUUAUUGAAGUCGAGUUUUUAUAUGCACAAGGUACUACAAAAGCAACGACAAAUGCAACAACUACAACAACUACGACUACUGCAGCUCCUCCAGCACCACCACCAGUUGGAGGUCCUGGGACAAAUAUUGAAUUGGUUGUAGUUAUAAGUGGAUCAGGAACGGGGACACCAAGUACGACAGCCACAACGAAGAGUUUACCUCCAACACCUCCUAUAAUAAGACCACCUCCGAUCAAAAGACCACCUCCGAUCAAAAGACCACCUCCGAUCAAAAGACCACCUCCGAUCAAAAGACCUCCUCCAAUAAAAAGACCUCCACCAAUAAAAAGACCUCCACCAAUAAAAAGACCUCCUCCAAUAAAAAGACCUCCACCAAUAAAAAGGCCGCCGCCGAUCAGAAGACCACCACCAAUAAAACGACCAGUACCCAUAAGGAGACCGCCGGUGAUAAGACUACCUCCAAGAAGACCACCUUUCAGGAGGUUCCGUAGAAAAAUAAGGUUGUAAAAUGUCAAAAAAUAUUCAGAAUAAAUAAAAUUGCUAGAAUUUGCCACAAAUUAAA